AUGAUUUCCGGCCCAUUGAGUGAGCCGUUGUUAGUCUGCAAGCAAGUGUAUGUAGGAUAUCAAGCUAUGAAACAAAGUGAUUUAUGACAUGUACUGAAAUUUGCUUUACGCGGUUAAAACAUGUCUAUCUCAAUGGAAACCCAGCUUCAAAGCAUAUUUGAGGAUGUAGUGAAAACGGAGGCAAUUGAAGAAGUUUUUGCGGGCAUGUUUACUGACACGCCGGAGGAUGAAAACACCAAACUCUCCACCUGCCUUGGAGCUUUCAGGCAUUAUUGGGGCACACUACCACCGGACUCACAUGACCAGUGUGUGCAGUGGAUCGUCAGAUUCAUCCAUGGGCAGCACAGCCCCAAGCGCAUCUCCUUCCUGUACGACUGCCUGGUGAACGCUGUGCAGACCAGUUUGCUGACUCCCAGGAUGGUGUGUGUGGCUCUGAUAAGCUCAGACAGUCUGGAGUGGGAGAGAACUCAACUGUGGGCGCUCACCUUCAGACUGAUCCGCAAGAUCAUUGGAGGGGUGGACUACAAGGGAGUCAGGGACCUGCUGAAGGCAGUGCUGGAUAAGAUCCAGACCAUCCCCAACACCGUCAGCUCUGCUGUGGUCCAACAGCUUCUGGCUGCCAGAGAGGUGGUAGAGUAUAUUCUGGACAGGAAUGCUUGUCUGCUUCCUGCCUACUUUGCCAUCACUGAGAUCAGGAAGCUGUACCCUGAAGGCACACUGUCACACUGGCUCCUGGGCAGUCUCCUGUCAGACUUUGUGGACAGCUUCAGACCCACAGCCAGGAUCAACUCCAUCUGUGGCAGAUGCAGUCUGCUUCCAGUGGUCAACAACUCUGGAGCCAUCUGUAACUCCUGGAAGCUGGACCCCACAACCCUCCGCUUCCCACUGCGUGGCAAUCUUCCCUUUGACAAGGACCUGUUUGAGCCCCAGACAGGACUCCUGCGCUAUGUUCUAGAACAGCCCUACUCCAGAGAGAUGGUCUGCAACAUGCUGGGCCUCAACAAGCAGACCUUGAACAUUGCUCAGCACAAACAGCGCUGCCCGGUCCUGGAGGACCAGCUGGUGGACCUGGUUGUGUACGCCAUGGAGCGCUCCGAGACCGAGGAGCAGUUCGACGACGGCGGCACCAGCCAGUUGCUAUGGCAACACCUCUCCUCCCAACUCAUCUUCUUCGUGCUGUUCCAGUUCGCCAGCUUCCCCCACAUGGUGCUGUCUCUGCACCAGAAGCUGGCUGGGCGGGGCCUAAUUAAGGGGCGGGACCACCUGAUGUGGGUCCUCCUGCAGUUCAUCUCAGGAAGCAUCCAGAAGAACGCGCUGGCCGACUUCCUGCCCGUCAUGAAACUGUUUGACCUGCUCUACCCAGAGAAAGAGUGUAUCCCUGUACCAGACAUCAACAAGCCCCAGUCGACCCACUCCUUUGCAAUGACUUGCAUCUGGAUCCACUUGAACCGCAAGGCCCAGAAUGACAACUCCAAACUCCAGAUCCCCAUCCCCCACUCUCUCAAACUGCACCAUGAGUUCCUCCAGCAGAGUCUUCGCAGCAAGUCUCUGGGCAUGACGGACUACAAGAUCGCCCUGCUGUGUAACGCCUACUCCACCAACUCGGAGUGCUUCACCCUGCCCAUGGGCGUCCUGGUGGAGACCAUCUACGGGAACGGCACCAUGAGGAUCAGUCUGCCCGGCACCAACUGCACCGCCUCAGGCUCCGUCACCCCGCUGCCCAUGAACCUGCUCGACUCCCUCACUGUGCACGCCAAGAUGAGUCUGAUCCACAGCAUCGCCACGCGGGUCAUCAAGCUGGCCCAUGCCAAGUCCAGCAUCGCCCUGGCCCCGGCCCUGGUGGAGACCUACAGCAGACUGCUGGUCUACAUGGAGAUCGAGUCUCUGGGCAUCAAGGGAUUCAUCAGUCAGCUGCUGCCCAACGUGUUUAAGUCCCACGCGUGGGGCAUCCUCCACACGCUGCUGGAGAUGUUCAGCUACCGCAUGCACCACAUCCAGCCCCACUACCGCGUCCAGCUGCUGUCUCACCUGCACUCCCUGGCAGCCGUGCCGCAGACCAACCAGAACCAGCUCCAUCUGUGUGUUGAGAGCACGGCACUCAGGUUGAUCACGGCUCUGGGCAGCUCGGAGGUGCAGCCUCAGUUUACCCGUUUCCUUAGCGACCCCAAAACCGUCCUGUCAGCUGAGUCGGAGGAGCUUAACCGAGCGCUCAUCCUCACGCUGGCCAGGGCCACUCAUGUCACAGACUUCUUCACAGGGUCCGACUCCAUCCAGGGCACCUGGUGCAAGGACAUCCUCCAGACCAUCAUGAACUUCACUCCUCACAACUGGGCCUCACACACGCUCAGCUGCUUCCCUGCACCCCUGCAGGCGUUCUUCAAGCAGAACAAUGUUCCCCAGGAGAGCCGCUUCAACCUGAAGAAGAACGUGGAGGAGGAGUACAGGAAGUGGAAGUCCAUGACCAACGAGAAUGACAUCAUCACACACUUCUCCAUGCAGGGGUCUCCCCCCCUCUUCCUGUGUCUGCUUUGGAAGAUGCUGCUGGAGACAGACCACAUCAACCAGAUAGGCUUCAGGGUGUUGGAGCGGAUCGGGGCCAGAGCGCUGGUGGCCCACGUGCGGACGUUUGCAGACUUCCUGGUGUACGAGUUCUCCACGUCCGCCGGGGGCCAGCAGCUCAACAAGUGUAUCGAGAUCCUCAACGACAUGGUGUGGAAGUACAACAUUGUCACUCUGGACAGGCUGAUCCUCUGCCUGGCGAUGAGGAGUCACGAGGGCAACGAGGCCCAGGUGUGCUACUUCAUCAUCCAGCUGCUGCUCCUCAAACCCAACGACUUCAGGAACCGAGUCAGUGACUUUGUGAAGGAGAAUGCCCCGGAACACUGGCUGCAGAGUGACUGGCACACCAAGCACAUGACCUACCACAAGAAGUACCCAGAGAAGCUGUACUUUGAGGGUCUGGCGGAGCAGGUGAGCCCUCCCAUGCAGGUGCAGCCCCAGUACCUGCCCAUCUACUUUGGGAACGUGUGUCUGCGCUUCCUCCCCGUGUUCGACAUCGUCAUCCACCGCUUCCUGGAGCUGCUUCCUGUCUCCAAGUCCCUGGAGACCCUGCUGGACCACCUGGGAGGCCUCUACAAGUUCCACGACCGUCCGGUCACCUACCUGUACAACACGCUCCACUACUACGAGCGGCACCUGCGUGAGCGCACCAACCUGAAGAGGAAGCUGGUGCACGCCAUCAUGUCCUCCCUCAAGGACAACCGCACCCCCGGCUGGUGCCUGAGCGAGACCUACCUCAAGUGCGGCGUCAACCCCCGAGACGACAACGUCUGGAUCCCCGACGACACGUACUACUGCAAGCUGAUUGGACGGCUCGUCGACACCAUGGCCGGCAAGUCACCUGGUCCGUUCCCCAACUGUGAUUGGCGGUUCAACGAGUUCCCCAACCCGGCUGCUCACGCGCUCCAUGUGACCUGCGUGGAGCUGAUGGCGCUGGCCGUGCCGGGCAAGGACGUGGGCAACGCUCUGCUGGCUGUGGUCCUCAAGAGCCAGCCGCUGGUGCCCCGAGAGAACAUCACAGCCUGGAUGAACGCCAUAGGACUGGUCAUUACUGCCCUGCCGGAGCCCUACUGGAUCGUGCUCCACGACCGUCUGGUCAGCGUGAUCGGCUCCCCGGCCCUGACGGCUGAGUCGGAGUGGGUGGGCUACCCCUUCCAGCUGCUGGACUUCACAGCCUGCCACCAGUCCUACUCUGAGAUGUACUGCAGCUACGUGCUGGCCCUGGCCCACGCUGUGUGGCACCACUCCUCCAUAGGACAGCUGUCACUCAUCCCCAAGUUCCUGUCGGAGGUGCUGAAGCCGCUGGUGAAGACAGAGUUCCAGCUGCUGUACGUGUACCACCUGGUGGGACCCUUCCUGCAACGCUUCCAACAGGAGAGGACGCGCUGCAUGCUGGAGAUCGGAGUGGCGUUCUAUGAGAUGCUCCAGGCGGUGGACCAGCACAGUGAUCACCUCUCCUACAUGGACCCCAUCUGUGACUUCCUCUACCACAUCAAAUACAUGUUCACUGGAGACAGCGUCAAAGACCAGGUGGAGAAGAUCAUCCUGACGCUGCGUCCCGCCAUGAUGUUGCGUUUGAGGUUCAUCACCCACAGCAGCAAGAUGGAGCCCGCUGCCCCCGCCACUGUCUCCUCCCCCUCCACACAGGCCACGCCCCCUGGAGCCUCCAAUGUCCCCCUGUCUGUGGCCCAGUGAGGCUGGCUAGCUGGUUUACUGGCUGGUUGGCUGGCUAGCCAACUGACUGGCUGGUUUUUUGACUGGCUGAUUUACUGGCUGACUGACUGCUUUGUAUAACCUGUAGCUUUCUAAUGUUAGAGUGUAUUUUCUAUUGCUGGUCACAAAGUGUUUUUGUUGUAUAAAGACUGCAUCAGGUGGAUGUAGAUGUACACUAACCUCUGACCUGGAGAGGAGUCUGCUGUUCCUCCAGCCCCAGGGUUUGGUCUGGGGUGUCUGGUCUGGGGUCAGGUUGGAGUGUCUGAGGUGGGGUGUCUGGUCUGGGGUGGGGUGUCUGGUCUGGGGUCAGGUUGGAUUGGUCAGCGUAGCUGAUCUCUGGUCCCUCAUUGGUGGACUGGUCUUUGUUAUCACACGCAUCUAUGGUGUGCGAUUGGUCGAGAAAAAGACAGUCCGGUGCCUUCUGACCCCACUGCCAAUCAUGAUGGACGUUACUAUAGUAACCAAUAAACACAUUUUAUAAUUAACCUUAUUAUUGUCCGAUUCUGCUGGCUCCAGUAUUAACUGGGUUUGGGAGAAGGAGGGAAAAAAUUCGACAAGGACUUUGUGGAUCAGUAUGUGUGUGUGUAUCAGCAUACCCAACCAGAGCAUUUCACAGACAGAGAGGGAAGGAGAUGUAUAGGUGAUGGAGGGAAGCGAGGGAGACAGUAGAGGGGGAGAAGGAGGGAGGUGGAGAGAGGUUGACGGAAGGAGCAGUCGACAGUAGCAGCGAAGGGAUUUCCCACUGAAAUAAACCCUGUCAGUCAGCGCUCUCCGCUUGUUAAUGGCUGAAAGGAACCCUCUUCUAUACACAAAUACUUCAACCUCUUGCCAGCGAGUGUUGCUAUGGUAACAGGAACAUCUGGACAUCUACCUAACGUGGGCCACUUUGCCUGUCAGACGUGUGUGAGCUUCAGCAGGACUUGCAUUUGCUAGUAAUCCUCCACAUAGCCAACCUUGUGAAGCUUAGUGACAGCAUUAGCGCAAAGUCCUAUUCCCUGUAAGUGCUGCUCUGGCCUGGCACUGCACUUUGUCAAUUAUGUGUCAACCUCUCCUUUUCUCUUUUCUUGUCAGGAGUUGAGCAGUACAGGAGGAGGUCAUAAUCAGUUAUUAUGGGAUGUGUAAUACGUUUUGAAGGACGUGGGGUGUCACCUAAUCAGUUGUUGAACAGCUAUAGUACCAAUCAUCCUUCAGAUUCAGCCAGUUAUUGUGUGACUAAGGCUGAAGUCAGCACACACACAGAUACACACACAGAUACACACACACAGAUACGUCACAGACACACACACAGAUACACACACAGAUGCACACACAGAUACACACACACACACACACAGCCAUUCUCAUAUCAGACAGUGAAGGCCCACAUGAAGGCCAAGCCUUACGGGACAUGACAUCAAGGUAAUGAAUGUGUUUGUGUGUUAACCCAUGGCCAUGUGCCAGAGAAGCUCGACAGAGAAGGAAGAGUGAAGAGAUAUGGAGGAAGGAGACAGACAGACAGAGCGCUGGCUCAGGUCAUGUGACAUGCUGCUGUGCGAUGGCAUCACCUGAUGUGACAUGAGAGAGAGGGAAUCUGUUUGCUGAGUGGGUCCAUUUAUUCUGGUGGGCCACCCACUUAAUCGUGUUGAUUUGGUGGCGCUUGUUGCCAUGACAACCUCACAUGAGCAGACAGGGUGUAGUUGAGUUCCAAUUCCCCUGUCAUUCUACUGUCAUUCCGCUGCACAUCUACACUAAUUCUACUUACAUAAAAAUGUUGUCUGAUCUGGAACAAAACCCGUUUUAAAAAGACUUAGUUUGGGAGAGGAUUGUGUGAGUCCCUCUACCUACCCCCUCAUCUCCGUCUCUCCCUCCCCUUCUCUCUCUUUUUCCUCUCAUCCUCCGCAGUCUCUCUACCUCCCCAUCUCUCUCUUCUUCUGAAGCAGAGUAGAUGAGAGGAGUUGAAGUGUGUGUGUGGCAUGGCGUGGCAGCCUAACAGGCACGAUGCUGCCCUCAGGGGGUUGGAGGUUAAGUGAUUAGCUGAGCAGGAGCUCCAGUAAUGAAACACUGGCAUUGUGACCAGGUUGAUUAGAGGUCGAGGGGUUGGAUCUAGAUUACAUUAAACUAUGAUGGAUUAAACCUGAUUAUACCAGAUUAUUGCAGUCUCAGUGUCUGACUGUAAAAAAAAAAACAAUUCUACGUCAGACUUUACACUGUCUCCCUUGAGUAUGAAUGACUCAGUAGCCACUGCAUAUUGGUCUGAAAUCUAGUCUGUGGUUUAUCCUCUGGUCUCUACUUAUUGGUGUCUACCCAUAUCUCCACUCAGUGGCCUGCUAGUUUCUCCUGUGGUUGGGAAAUAGCAGAGGAUGACCACACAAGACUCAAACUUUCCCUCCAUCUAUCUCUCUCACUUUCACUUUGUGACUCUCCCUCUACCCCUUCUGCCUUGCUCUUACUUUCUAACUUCUAUGUCCCUCAUGCCUUGACACAUCUUUUACUUGUGUUGGUUAUUUACCUCUCCCAGUUAUCCCCUAACCCCUGACACCACUGUGUGUGAGAGAGAGUGAGUGUGAGAAUCAACAAUGAGUGUGUGUAACCUCAUGGGAUCAUGAGAUAGGCACAUGACUGUUCUGGAAGGGAUUGGACUCACAAACACAUUAAAUAAAUAGACUGUUGUCUCUCUGCUGUCAGAGGGACUUCAGGGAAAUGUGUUCACUGUCUGUUGGGUAAGAAGGAAGGAUAAAGAAGAGGAUGAGAGGAGAGGUGGUGAGGGAGAAGAGGAGGAUAGGUGAGUUAGAGAAGGGAUGAGGGGGAUGACAGAGGGACGAGGGUGGGUGUUGGCAACAGGAGCAUACUUGUUUCUUUAUCAAACAUCAAAAAUAGACUUCAUAACGUCAUAGUGAAGGAGUGGUGGUUUAAAUAAUGAAACAAUGCUACAUAAAGGAGUUUGUUUAUGAAUAUGUCAUGACUGGAAUACACACACACAGACACACACACACGGGAGAUCUGGUCCCAAAGUCAAGAAGGACAGGAAGAGAAGAGAGGACUCUGGGGACGAGAUACAGACGAGGAGUCAGGAUUGAAGCAGGCAGAAGCUUAUCUAUACCAUGAUAAGUAUGUUAUCAUUCCCUAUGUGAUGUUAUCCCCCUGUCAUUUCCCCAAGUCCCCAUAUUACACUUCCACCCACGCCUGCAUGCACACACCUACAGCUGUUCUCUGCGGGGCAGAUGGGGUGCAGUUUGGAUGAUGACGAUUCUCUAAAUAGAACCACAGAGUAAAAAUAAAAGCUCCAGGGUUAGUGGUAUGUCAGUCCAGGGUUAGUGGUGUUGUCUACACACUGACAGUCCCAAACAUGCGUGCACGCAUGCACGCACACACACACACACACACACACCAGAUCAGUGACUCAGAAGAAACAAGACAGACUCCAAAGGAUAUUGGCUCCAACUUAAUUUCCUGAUUUUAUUUGUCAAUGUGGCUGAACAUGAUACACACAAAAUGAUGCACACACCUUAAUACACACAUGCUUAGAUCCACACCCUUCCACACGAUGACACCCACCUGAGCAACACACACACACUAACAUACACACUUACAUAAAAUGACUAACAUUCGAACACUAACACGCACAGGCACACACACACAGCAUGUGUCAGGGUGGACAGACAGAUUAAGGUUCUGGUGGUGAUAGUACAAGGAGGAACUGAAAGGACCUUCCAGCCAGGUCUGACACCCAGCACUGUCUCAUAACCCAAGAUUAAGGCCACUUCACUAGUGGUUAUUUUAGCCUUGGUUUCUUCAGAAAUGAAAUCAUAUAAAAAUUAAUAAAAACCGAAAUGCAUUAAAUGCUGCUCUUGUUUUGCACAGUAACAUUUUUUGUUUGUGUUAAAAAUCACUCUUUUGGUAAAUAUAAAAUGUAAUGUACUUUACAGUUUGUGAUACUAAAGCCUUCCUCUUAAUUCAACAGCAUUGUCUGUAGCUUGUCCUGUGUGUAGUGUUCUUGCUAGUUAUAGCUCUGCUCACCAUUUGUGCUGACCAUUGUAAUGGUGGAGUGAGUCCAGCAAGGAGCAAUCAAACUCCAUUACCCAGAAAUCUCCAGACUAAUUCUUCCAAAGUGUGGAAAAAAAAACCCUGUCCUUCCUCUAGUCUUUUAGAGAAUAAGAAAAA